UCGGUAACAACAACAGCUAACACCAUGGGUGCUACGAUCGAUACAGCAACAGCAAAGCCCACUUCGGAGUCAUCUUCAGCUGGCUCUUUGUCAGCUGUGAAUGCGCAAAAAUAUGAAUGUAUUUCUGCGUCUGCUACGGCUAAUAGUGAAGUUUCUGGCAGCAACAACAAUUGCAGUGAUCGUAACAGCAGCAAUAAUCAAGACCACUGCAACCAUAAUACCACUAAUGGCAGCAGCAAUGGCAACAACAGCAACUCACAACAUAAUAGCGGCUGUGGCAGACAUAUGAAGGCGAACAGUAUGGCAAUUUCUUUGCCCAUAACAGCAAAAUCCGUUGGCAGCACACCGCCAAGCAGCGCAGAACCAACAAGCACUAAUGAUUUCGCUUACUAUAACAGCACAGGCGAUACCGCAGCGCCAACAACAUCUAGUGCUGCUGCAACAAAACGUCACGCGCAGCCUCCACCACCUCCACCGCCCCCGCCACCACUCACAACACAUUAUCAGCACCAUCAGCAAUCGACACAGCAGCAGCAGCAAGCACACCAUCAGCACUAUGCUGCCGCCAGUACAGUGGCGCCGCUGUCGGAUGCAUUUCACCACCAGCAGAUGCAGUUGCAAUUACAACAGCAGUACGAGCAGCACUAUCAGCUGCAAUCGGCUUACUACCAACAGCAGCAGCAUCAGCAGCAACAACAACAGCAACUAGACGAACAACAGUCACACGCGGUAGCGCAGCCAUCAGCACAUUAUCAACAUCAGCACUGUCAUACAGCAGCAGGAACAACAACAACAACCACACAGCAUGCAGUGCGCAACAGACAAGCAGCUCACGCAACGAACACAGCGCAGGCGAAUGCGCAACAACAGCGUUUGGCUCAUGCUCUGCCCAGUCAGCACACGCAGCAGAACGCCGGCAGCGCUUCAACGGCAACACAGCCACAUCUCUUUCCAACAGCUAUGCUUGCGAUAGCCACCGCCGCACCGGCAACAACAUACGCCGCCGGUAGCAGCGGCGCAGCAAUACCAAGCGUCAGCACUGUUAAUGCAACACAAAAUGUAAAUGUCAUAUCGGCAGCGCCGAUUGUGGUAGAAUUCAGCAAUUUCUCACUAAAUUGUAUGCGUUCGAAUGGCAGUGGUGUUGGAGCGGUAGCUGCCACAGCGGCAGCAGCGGCAGCUGCGGCUGCAGUAGCAACAUCGCAAACGAAUCACGAUGCUGUUGGCCGAGGUUUGUCAACAGAUGGCGUGAACGGUCAAGCUAAUACACAUCAUCAGUAUCGGCAUCAUCAACACAUUCACAAUGCAACAGCGGCAAUGCAUACACAUCAACAUACACUACAGCAGCAACAGCAACAUCAACAGCAGCAACAGCUGCAGCUGCAGCACGCUCAGCACCAGCACCAAUUUCAGGUAGAAAUGGGCGCUGCAGAGGAGCAGUCACAGUCGCAAGCGCAGCCACAACAACUGCAACACCACAUACAUCAUGCGCACCAACAUCAACACGCGUCACACUUUGGUUAUCACCACAAUCAUCAUCAACACUUGCGUCAUUAUCAUCAUCCGGCGCCGCCGCCACCGCCGCCACUGUAAAGCAAUGAAGUCCAAUGGUUGCAGCAGCACUGCGAAUUGUUGCGCUAACUGCAGAGUAAGAUAGAGUAAGAAAGGCAGGAAUAACAACAAACAAACAAGCAAUUUUUGCACUUACCACCGUUUCUCGUAAUAAUAGUUUGCUUCUAUUUGAUUAAAUAUGCUUUGCGUUAAAUUUAUUAAUUACGUUCGUUUGUUUAUUUAUUGAAAUAUUAACACAGAUAAAAAUCUUUGUUUAGUUCUGUUUUAAUGCGUAUGUAUAAUUCUAAUGUGUGUAUUUACAUAUAUAGGUACAUACAAUACAUUUUCAUAUUGACCUUCAAUUAGUAAAUUGGACUGAUUUUUUUUUAUGUAAAGAAACAUUUAGCAUAUUCAUCUGGUUGAUUUAAAUGUACAUAUGUACACUAUUAACUAUAUAUAAAAACCCUAAAGAAAAUGUUUAUUAAGCAAUUUUUAUUAUUUACAACUUAAAUUUGAAAAAUAAUUAAUUUAUUUACAAGCGCAGGGGCAAAGACCAUGGCAUAUCUAAUUUCACCAUGGACAAAGACGACCAGAGAAAAUUUUAAAAAGUAUAAUUUAUGUAGCAGCAGAGUGAGCAAGAUAAAAAUCGAAAGUGAAAAUUUAACGGCAAGACAGUGGCUACAAAAAAA